AUGUCGGCCUUCACUCUCAUCGUCGCUAGAUCCGUCACAGCCAGCAUCAUCGCGAUUCUCCAGCUCUCAGCUAAGGUCCUCAGCUACCUGAACGACGUUAAGGAUGCCUCGAAAGACCGCGUGGCGUGUGCAGUUGAGGCAUCAAAUCUCCACAACCUUCUCUUCAACCUGAGAUUUCGUCUGGAAGAGGGGGACCCUAGUCGACCGUGGUACAUUGCUGUCCAAGCGCUCGCAGUUAAGCAUGGGCCGUUGGACCAGUUCAAGCAGGCCCUAGAAAUGCUGCAGGCUAAGAUGACUGAUGGGGGGCGACUGAAGAAAGCUGGUGAGGCGCUGAUGUGGAAGUUUAAGAAGGAGGAGAUUGCAGAGGUUUUAGCUCGGAUGGAGCGGCUGAAGACGCUGGUAGAGAUCGCAUUGCAGAUGGAUCACUUCAAACUUUCGAAAGCUAUCAAAGACGACACUAGCUUCGUUCGGGCGCAUGUACCUAUCAUCCAGUCCGGGGUAGACACAAUUCGACAGAGCCAAGACUCGGCAAAGCACCGCAGGCUUAUAGAAUGGUUAUCGACUUCAGACUACCCCGCUCAGCAAUCGGACAUCAUAAAGCGCAGGCAGGAAGGGACAGGCCAGUGGUUUCUAGAUGCACCUGAGCUAGCAUAUUGGCUCAACGAAAGCAAUGCUACGCUCCUUUGCCUAGGUAUCCCAGGAGCGGGCAAGACUAUGAUCGCAGCUAUUGCAAUCGAUCAUCUGCUAAAUACAGUACAGAACAGCUCACAUGGGGUCGCUUAUGUGUACUGCAACUACAAAGCUCGAGAGGAGCAAGACGUUUUAAGCCUACUAGCAGCCAUCCUCAAGCAGCUAGUCCAGGGUCGAUUGUCGAUGGUAGAUCACAUAGAACGGUUGUAUCAGAAACAUGCCAACCGGGGAACUAAGCCAUCACUCGACGAGGAUGCUACUCGCCGCCAGUUCCUAGCCAAACUCCGAAAUCUCCAAGCAACCCAAGACAUUCGCCUAAUGGCCACCUCGCGUUUCAUACCAAACGUUGAGGACGCUUUCGGAGAAGCGCCGAGACUCGAGGUGCAGGCUAGCAGAGAGGAUGUUAAACGUUUCGUGGCCGGCCAAACGUACCAACUACCUGCAUGCAUACAACGCAGCAUAGCGCUGCAGGAAAUAGUGCAGAAAAAGAUAACAGAUGCGGUGGACGGCAUGUUUCUUCUCGCUCGUCUGCACACAGACUCGCUGCUAGACAAGAGGACAGCAAAAGACGUGAAAACGACCCUCGACAAACUUACGAAGGGUGCAGCCGCACUUGACUUCGCGUACAGAGAGGCUCUUCAGAGGAUCGACGGUCAACUGGGGGGUGACCGCGAACUAGCUGGAAAGGUCCUGUCUUGGAUUACGCUCGCUGAACGGCCGCUUACCACCGCUGAGAUCUGCUGCGCCCUAGCAGUUGAGCCCGGCGAAGAUGAAAUAGACCCAGAGAAUGUACUUACUCCAGGGGAUCUAGUGUCUGUAUGCGCCGGUCUUGUUAUUAUUGAUGAAGAGAGCGCUGUCAUCCGUCUCGUGCACUACACUACACAGGAAUACUUGGAGCGAACUGGAGACGUAUGGAACCAAGGCGGACAGCUGAAUAUCACUACUACAUGCCUUACCUAUCUGUGUUUCGACACUUUCCAAAGCGGUAGCUGCUCUACUGACAAGGAGUUUGAGGCAAGACUGCAGCAAAAUCAAUUCCUAGACUAUGCGGCUAAACACUUAGGAAGCCAUGCAGGAAGAGUCGAAACAGAGGUUACCGAUCGUACCUGUGAGUUGCUACAGGGGAAGUCUUUCCCAUGUGUCGCACAGGCUUUAUGGGUCCCUAACUACAAGUACAGAGGGUAUAGUACAGCUUAUCGUGUUAGUACAGCCUUACACUACACUUCACAAUUUGGGCUCUCUGGCAUAACUAAAAAGAUAUUGGCUACUGUAGAUGUGCCUAUUGUAGAGGCAGUGAACGCGAAAGACAGUAGGGGCAACACUCCCUUGACUUUCGCGGCGAAGACCGGCCAGUAUGAGAUGGCGAAUUUGCUGCUCGACAAAGGCGCCGAGGUCAACGCGCAGGGUGGACGCUACGGCAACGCACUGCAGGCAGCUUCAGAGAGAGGCUACGAGCAGGUGGUCAAGACGCUGCUCGACGCGGGCGCCGAGGUCAACGCGCAGGGUGGACGCUACGGCAACGCACUGCAGGCAGCUUCAGAGAGAGGCUACGAGCAGGUAGUCAAGAUGCUGCUCGACAAGGGCGCCGAGGUCAACGCGCAGGGUAGACGCUACGGCAACGCACUGUACGCAGCUUCAUGCAGAGGCCACGAGCAGGUAGUCAAGAUGCUGCUCGACAAGGGCGCCGAGGUGAACGCGCAGGGUAGAGGCUACGGCAACGCACUACAGGCAGCUUCAGCUCAGGGCCAUGAGCAGGUAGUCAAGACGCUGCUUGAUAAGGGCGCCGAGGUCAACGCGCAGGGUGGAGGGUACGGCAACGCACUGGAGGCAGCUUCAGAUGGAGGCCACGAGCAGGUAGUCAAGAUGCUGCUCGACAAGGGCGCCGAGGUCAACGCGCAGGGUAGAGGCUACGGCAACGCACUGCAGGCAGCUUCAUACGGAGGCCACGAGCAGGUAGUCAAGACGCUGCUCGACGCGGGCGCCGAGGUCAACGUGCAGGGCGGAGAGUACGGCAACGCACUACAGGCAGCUUCAUACGGAGGCCACGAGCAGGUAGUCAAGACGCUGCUCGACGCGGGCGCCGAGGUCAAUGCGCAAGGCGGAGAGUACGGCAACGCACUACAGGCAGCUUCAUACGGAGGCCACGAGCAGGUGGUCAAGACGCUGCUCGACGCGGGCGCCGACGUCAACGCACAGGGCGGAGAGUACGGCAACGCACUGCAGGCAGCUUCAUACAGAGGCCACGAGCAGAUAGUCAAGAUGCUGCUCAAUUCAGGUGCGCAUCAACACCAGGAGAAUAAUCUUGCGUCAAUGCCCGAAUAA